UACUCUCCCCCCCCCCCCCGCUUUUCUCUAUCCCGACAGAAGCCGCGCUUCCUACACUUCACCGGGCUUCAAGUGUCGGGUAAGUUAGUGAGGCUGAUUCGGCCAGGAUCCCUCUGCAAAACCUGCUUCGUUCCGUAGCUGAGAGGGACGAAUAUCCGCCGCUGCCGCUUCUCCCGACGGUGAGGAAACGUGAACGAAGGGAAGAGAAUGAGGCCUUAGGACGACCACCGCUGCCACAGUACCUAAUCAAGCAGGGCAGAGUCACACAAAUAUGUCCGCCUUCCUGUUCAAACAGACUGGGGCGACCACAGCGAAGAGCGCAUGCGCCUCAGGAUCCGGCCGCUGACUUCAGCAGCCGGCGCAAGCGCGGGCGCCCCCGCCUCGUUUUCUCUGCUCACGUCUAGACUUUCUCCUGUCGGUGUGGUGCCGCCACCUUCUAUUAGCGCGAGCGUGACAGCGACAGCCCGCUUGCCUGCCUGCCUGCCUGCCUGCCUGAGCACGUGGAGUGUUGAGGUCUUUAAAACUUUCAUCCAUCUGGAUCAUUUGGCAGAGUAACUUUGAACAAUCGUCCACCAUGAAUGCUUUUAAAAAAGGUUGAAAGGAAUACUAGAAGACCAUGGGGAAUUCAUAUGCAGGGCAACUUAAAUCAGCCCGUUUUGAAGAAGCCCUUCACAACUCAAUUGAGGCCUCUCUAAGAUGUAAUAGUGUUGUACCUCGGCCCAUCUUUUCCCAGCUUUAUCUUGAUUCUGAUCAGCCACCAGUUUCGCCGGAAGGUAACCAAGCAAAUGUGAAACCAAAAGUGGAAGAACUGGACAAAGAAUUGAUGCAUUGUUACACCCAGAAUGGAAGCUUGGAUUUUUCUUCUAGCCAAACUACUAAUGAAAUGGAGGAAGAUGAGGACGAGGAGGAUAUGUCUGAUUCCAAUAGUCCACCAAUCCCGUACGCACAAAAACCUGCCCCAGAAGGGUCUUGCACUACUGAUGGCUUUUGUCAAGCAGGCAAAGAUUUGCGGUUAAUAUCACUGUGCAUGGAACAGAUCGAUAUCCCAGCAGGCUUCCUGUUGGUGGGAGCCAAGUCUCCAAACCUUCCUGAGCACAUCCUAGUCUGUGCUGUUGACAAGAGAUUUUUGCCAGAUGACCAUGGAAAAAAUGCACUUUUAGGUUUUUCUGGAAACUGUAUAGGCUGUGGAGAAAGAGGAUUUCGCUAUUUUACUGAAUUUUCCAACCACAUUAACCUGAAACUCGCAACUCAGCCAAAGAAGCAGAAGCACUUAAAGUACUACCUAGUAAGAAGCUCCCAAGGUGUGCUGUCAAAGGGACCCCUUAUAUGCUGGAAAGAAUGUAGAAGCAGGCAAUCUUCUGCUGCUAGCCAUUCUGCUAAACCUAGCUCUUCAGCAUCUCCAUCCAUGACCCCUGAGAGUGGAACAGCUAAUGGAUACAAGCCAGGGUUCACUCAGACAGACUCCUCGGUAUUCAGUCAAGUGCAGUCUUCCUCUGCUGUUAAUUUAAGCGGAAUUCAAGAUUUGUCUCGGAAUAAGAACAUAGUGAGACCAGUUGCUUUGCCUGUGCAACUUGUAGGAAACUCUCUUGCAACAGCUCCUUUGUCGCUGCGUGCCACUGAUGUUACUAGUGGAAACAGCAAUGGAGGAAGGACUAAUGUGAUGACCUCUACCAUCUCCCGACCUAUGCCUCACUUGAUGUCUCCUGGCCCAAGCUGCGUUCCAGGGGAGCAAGCCACAUCCAUAGCUAGUUCUGGCCCCCCAAAGAAGAGACACCGAGGAUGGUCUCCUGGAUCACCGCUCCCUCCUCCGCCUGGUUUAGUUGUGCCUGUCCCUGCCAUCCGGCCUCUUCCAAGAGCAGAUCCUCUUUUGUCAGUCCCAGUUCCUCAAUCAACCUUAACUGGAAUUUUACAGCCUCAGCCCAUCCCUGCAGGGGAGACUGUAAUAGUUCCUGAAAAUCUGCUGAGUAACACAGGCGUCAGACCAGUAAUUCUAAUAGGUUAUGGCACUUUACCAUAUUUCUAUGGGAAUGUUGGAGACAUUGUAGUAAGUCCCAUGCUGGUGAAUUGCUACAAGAUUUCUCAGCUUGAAAGCAAGGAUUUGGAUCCUUUUGGAUUGACCGGGAACCAACUAAGUGUAGAAAACAUGAUUAUUUUAACAAUACAGUAUCUUGUCCGGCUAGGUCCUGAUAAGAUACCUCUCAGGGAAGAAUUUGAACAGAUCAUGCUGAAAGCUAUGCAGGAAUUUACUUUAAGAGAACAAUCCUUACAAAUGAGCUCUCAGUGCAUCUCCUUGUCACCAGCUCAGCUCCCAUGGCUUGCCAAAUUAAUUGCCAGUGUCUCCCAGGACAUGGUGCACGUGGUGGUUACACAGAAUUCCCUGGCUGAAGGCAUUUCAGAAACACUUCGAUCUGUGAGUGAAAUGAAGUGCCAGCAAAGGCUGCCAGAUUACGUUGUUCCAAUUUGCACGUCAAAGAUCAGAGGGAAUGAGUUCUGUGUAGUUGUUUUAGGUCAAUAUCAAUCUAGAGCACUAGCAGAAAGCAUGCUUACUACAAGUGAAUUUUUAAAGGAGAUCAGUUAUGAGCUCAUUACAGGAAAAGUUAGUUUUCUGGCUUCACAUUUCAAAAAAACAUCUUUAGGAGAUGAAUUGGACAAGUUGCUAGAGACAAUGCAACAGAGACGCGGAGAUAAUGUUGUAAUCCCAUUCAAUGGAGAUGUUAAUGAAUGUGUAUCAUCUCAUGAAGCAGCUGCCAUGGUUUGCACGGAAGAACUUGAUUUGGAUACUGAAACCUUCCAAAUUUAUCAACCACAGCUCACAAUUGCCAGAAAACUCUUGUCGCAGGUAUGUGCUAUUGCAGAUAGUGGCAACCAAAGCUUGGAUCUGGGCCACUUCAGCAAAGUAGAUUUCAUCGUUGUAGUCCCUCGUUCAGAGGUGUUGGUUCAACAAACCAUUCAGCGGAUUCGACAAUCAGGUGUUCUUGUAGAUUUGGGUCUUGAAGAAAAUGAAGCAGCUUACCAAAGAGCUGAAAAAUAUGUGGUGCGGCUAGACAAUGAGAUUCAAACCAAGUUCGACAUUUUCAUGAGACGGGUGAAACAGAAUCCAUAUACACUUUUUGUACUGGUGCAUGACAAUGCCCAUGUGGAUUUGACAAGUGCUAUCUCAAGCUCUUUUUCCCAUGGAGAGCCAAGUCAUGGACUUGCUGAUAGAGUAAUAAACUGCAGAGAGGUUCUUGAAGCAUUCAACCUCCUUGUUCUCCAAGUGAGUUCUUUCCCAUAUGCUCUUCAAACCCUGCAGUCCAGAAUCAGCUCUGCCAAUGAGGUACACUGGAUACAGUUUGGUAACAUGGAGGAAAUAAGCCAGGAUGAGAAGCUAUAUUUUGGCUUGAAUGAAUACAGCAAAUCUCUGCACUGGGGAAUCACAAGCCCUCUUUUGAGAUGUGAUGAAACAUUUGAAAAAAUGGUGAAUACACUAUUAGAGAGGUACCCCAAGCUGCACAGCAUGGUGAUUCGCUGCUAUCUGCUGAUCCAGCAGUAUUUGGAAGCCUUGAUGGCUCUCACUACUAUGGCCUCACUCCGAGACCACAGCACUCCUGAGACUCUCAGCAUAAUGGAUGACAUAAUCACUGCACCAGGCAAGGAUAAGAAUGGCCGUGGCCACAUGCUGAUCAUUAGGAUUCCCUCCGUGCAGCUGGCCAUGUUGGCCAAAGAGAGGCUGCAAGAAGCACGGGAUAAACUAGGCCUGCAAUAUCGCUUUGAGAUUAUCAUGGGGAACCCAGCUUCAGAACUUACUGUGGCCAAGCACUUUGUGAAGAGAUUAAAGGCAUGGAGAGGAAAUGACCGGGAAGACUGGUUUCCUCACACUUACCAGGAUUUGGAAGGUCUACCUUGUAUUGUUGUUUUAACUGGCAAGGACCCACUAGGUGAAACAUUUCCCAGGUCUUUGAAAUACUGUGAUCUUCGACUGAUUGACUCAAGCCAUUUAACUCGCACUGCCUUAGAACAAGAAGUAGGCCUGGCAUGUUGCUAUGUUUCAAAGGAGGCGAUCCGAGGUCCUGUUGUAGCCCUUGACCUUAGUGAGAGGGAGCAGGAGAAGGCCAGUGUUGGUGAGAAUGAUGGUGAUGAACUGUCAAUUGAUUUGGAGAGACCCCAGAGUAACAGUAGUGCUGUGACUGGAACUUCAGGUUCUAUAGCAGAAAAUGGAGUGAGUUCUUCCAGUGCCACAGAUAAGUCUCAGAAGCCACCAUCAUCUCUGAACUUCCAGAAUGUGGCAAGCAGCUCAGUCGAUGAAGGUUUUGCCACUGGGGAGAACCUGAAACAAGAGUGUGACUCUCUAGGCAGCCAGAUAGCCAGCAGUACCACUUCUAAACACUCAGCAGCAUCCCCAUCUGUCAGCCAUACAUUCCGGUGGCCUAGCCAGUCCGUGAAAGACUGCAAAGCAUUGCGAGUGUCCUUACCCCGAAUUGUGAUCUUGUCUAAAGCAGCCUACUGCCUUCUUGGCUCACAGAAAAGUGGACAGUUGCCUUUCUCAGCUUCUCUCUUACCUCAUGCUGAUGUUUCUUGGGUGAGCUCUCUGAGGCCUUUGCUGCAUAAGGACAUGACCAGUGAAGAGCAGUCUUUGUACUACAGGCAGUGGACCACGGCUCGACAGCACCAUGCGGACUACAAUAAUCAUAGUGAAAACAGUGGCAGCAGGAACUUUCACCCACGACGGCUACUUUUGACAGGACCUCCACAGGUGGGGAAAACUGGUUCUUAUUUGCAGUUUCUACGGAUUCUCUUUCGUAUGCUGAUUAGAUUGCUGGAGGUGGAUGUAUAUGAUGAAGAAGAUAUUAAUACAAACCAUACAGAGGACAAUGAAAUUGCCCAGUCUGGCAAUGACCAAUGGCCUGAUAUUGAAAUCAUCAGUAAAAUGACUUUUGAUCUCAGUGUGCAUGAUCCUAAAUAUGUCCUUAUGAGUUCAGUGUAUACAGAGCAACUGCAAAGAAUAAAACAAGAAUCAAGCAAAGAAAUUAAAACAGAAGACCUCAGGAAACGGAAUACAGUGUCAAUGAUGCUGACAAAGUAUGCAGCUUACAACACAUUCCAUCAUUGUGAACACUGCCAUCAAUAUAUGGACAUAAAUCCUUCAGUUUCAAUGUCUGAUUCCACCCUACAUGCAUUCACAUUCUCAUCCUCAAUGUUAGGAGAAGAAAUUCAGCUUCAUUUUAUAAUCCCCAAAUCCAAAGAGAGCUAUUUUGUAUUCAGCAAGCAAGGCAAACAUUUGGAAAGCAUGCGUCUUCCUCUUGUGUCUGACAAGAAUCUGAAUGCAGUAAAGAGUCCUAUUUUUACACCAUCAAGUGGGCGCCAUGAACAUGGUCUCUUGAACCUUUAUCAUGCUAUGGAAGGGAUCAACCAUCUUCAUCUCCUUGUGGUCAAGGAAUAUGAAAUGCCACUUUAUCGCAAGUACUGGCCCAACCAUAUCAUGCUGGUUUUGCCAGGCAUGUUUAACAAUGCUGGAGUUGGUGCUGCCAGAUUCCUUAUUAAGGAGCUUUCUUACCAUAAUUUGGAACUAGAGAGAAACCGUUUGGAAGAGCUAGGAGUCAAGCGUCAGUGUGUCUGGCCUUUUAUUGUUGUCAUGGAUGAUUCUUGUGUUUUAUGGAACAGUCAUGGUAUCCAAGAACAGUCCAGCCAGUCCAUGGAUCAAGGAUGGGCCAGUAAAAAUGUGUCUCUAAAGUGUGUCCUGCAGCACAUUGAAGCUACACCCAAAAUUGUCCAUUAUGCAAUACUGGGCAUUCAGAAAUGGAACAGCAAGCUGAAUUCCAGAACACCCAAAACUCCCUUCUCCAGGUGCCACAUACAUGACUUUAUCCUGCUCAACGUAGACCUGACUCAAAAUGUACAAUAUGACGUAAACAGGUAUUUCUGUGAAGAUGUAGAUUUUAACUUGAGAACAAACAGCAGUGGUUUGCUUAUCUGUUGCUUUAACAAAUUCAGUCUCAUGAAGAAACACAUCCAGGUUGGAGGGCAAAAGGAUUUUGAUAUUAAACCUAAAGUCAUGGUGUCUGAGAGCUUGAGUCCAAUAAUGCCUCUGCAGUAUGUCUGUGCUCCAGACAGUGAGCACACUCUUCUGGCAGCUCCAGCUCAAUUCCUCCUUGAGAAGUUCCUUCAACAUGCCACCUACAAGCUUUUCCCAAAGGCCAUCCAUAACUUCAGGAAUCCUGUCUUGGCCAUUGACUGCUAUCUGAACAUUGGGCCUCAGGUAGCUCUUUGCUACGUCAGUUCACGGCCACACUCAGUUAAUGUCAACUGUGAAGGCGUGUUCUUCAGUGGACUUCUUCUAUAUCUUUGUGACUCCUUUGUAGGAGCAGAUUUUCUUAAGAAGUUCAAAUUCCUGAAAGGUGCAACCCUGUGUGUCAUUUGCCAAGACAGGAGCUCCUUGCGUCAAACAAUAGUCCGUUUAGAGCUGGAAGAUGAAUGGCAGUUCCGUCUGAGAGAUGAAUUUCAGACUGCUAACAGUAGUGAUGAUAGGCCACUCUAUUUUCUGACUGGACGCCAUAUAUAGUCUUGGGGAAAUGGCAAAGGAGAAGAUAAACCUGACAAGUUUGUUUUUAUUUUGUUUUUUCUUUUAAAGUACAAUCACUGUGGAGCAAAGUGCAACCAAUACUCUGUUCUAAUGAUUUCCCAAAAUUAUUGUCCAGGCUGUAUGUUUCUCUCUUCUUUUUGAUUGAAAGAGCAUUGCUUUAACUUACUGCCUGUGGGUUGCUGUUACAGAAGCUUAACCUAAUGGCAUGGCCCCUGUGACUCAAGAUAUGGAGAAACAUUUUGGUAGAUGCUGGAUUCUCCUUAUCUCAUUGUACUAUGCUAAACAGGGAAUUAAACUGACUCUUGGCAUCUGUUGGCUUGAAUGUGUUACAUGAAAUUCACACUAAGAAUGUGGAAUUAUUGAAGAUAGUAUGUUGAGAAAUGCUAUUUCUCUGCAUAUCUGUACUUUUGGUACAGAAUAACUCAGGGGUUAGAAAUGACAUAGAUCUUUGUGUUUAAAAAGUAAUCAUUGUUCAUGUUCUGUGCAGUGUUAGCUUAAGAUUUGUAAUUUUAUAUGUAUUGAAACUGUUUUGGCAAAAUUUUCACAAAAAUUAAAAGUUUACUACAUAAGCCUGAACAAAUCAAUGAAUGUAUGGCAAGCAUUGCACUCACAUGCAGGUUUGUUUCACAAUUUUUAUUCUACCCCUUGGGUGUCCAUUAUUAGUCUGAAUCCAGGAAAUCAUAUGAAUGGUGAAAGCUGACCACUUUAAUAGUGACUGGAUAUUUUCCUCUCUGGCAAUAGUAUUCAUAAAAACAAGCUACAUGCAGAAAUAAGUUUCUGCAUGUGGAUCAUCCUUGACUGUGUUUCAAAAUACAUAUGGUCAAUCAACCUAAAUUAUGCAUUUUAUUUCCUCAGUGUCAGCCCCAUCAUAGUUAUUCAUAUCUCCAUGUCUCAUUAGUUCUUAUACAGAAAAAAAAUCCCUGGAAUUCUUUUUUGUGGUUGCCUCAUUUUUCUCUAUUCCUUUGGGGUAAAGAACCCUACUUUGGAGCUUUGUAUGAGAGCAUUUACUAUACCAAAAAGAAUAUACAGACCACAAAACAGGGAUAAUGGAUCAUAAUACUUUGUGAUAUAACCAAGGGCUGAAGCAAAGCAAACGACAGGUUAUGAAAACUACAAGUACUUUAAAAACCAAUGAAGUCUGGACCAACAGGAGAUAUUUUUAAAUGAAGUUCUUUAAAACACAUGGAAAAGUUGGCUAGUUUAUUUGAAAUGCCUAGACUUUGAUCCAAUUGAGCAGAAACCAAGCACCUGUGUGCAGAAGAGUCCCUCAUGGAGCUCUGUUGUUCCCUGUAACCCACCUCCUCUCCAUGUGAGCAUUUGAGUAUACAUAGAAAGCAAUAUGAAAUAAUGAAAGAAAUGGAAGUUCAGUGACCACUUCCGAUAUUCAUAGCAGAACCAGCAUCACUGCUACAGAGCACAAGUAACUUGCAUGGUUGAAAAUUGGUUGGGAAUAUGGGGUGUGCGCACGUACCUCCUCUCCUAGCAAAGCUUCAUAAGAACACAAGAAAGACCUGCUGGACCAUCUGGCUCAGCAUUCUAGUCAAACUGCGGCCAGUCAGCUCUUCGUAGGAAACCUACGCGUAGGACAUGAGUGCAACAGCAGCCUCCUGCCUGUGUCCCCCAGGAACUGGUAUACAUAGGCAUACUGCCUCUCAUGCUGGAGGAAGCACAUAGCCUUGUCCUCCAUGAAUAGAAUGUCUAAUCCCCUUUAAAGCUAUCCAAAUUGUUGACCAUCUAAUCAUGAGGAAUUUCCAACUUUAAGCAGGUGCAAUGUAAAAAAGUACUUCCUUUUAUUUGUCCCGAAUCUUGCAUCAAUCAGAUUAAUGGGUCAAGCCCAUGCUCUAAUAUUGCAAGACAGGGAGAAAAAAUGAUCUCCCUAUCUACUUUUUAUCCUUGCACCACCUGCAUGUGUGCUUGGUUUGAUGGGGAGAACAGGCACGGUAGAACUUUCACAUGCAAGUACUGCAUGUGUGCUUGACUGGAUCAUGUGUUUUGUCUUUGCUUGAAUUAGAGAUACAUGAAAAAAGCAUUAUUUUAAAUAGGCAUUGAAUGGUUUUAGAAUUAACAUCUUCGCACCAGCACUUUGUGCUGUGAAAUACAUGAAUAGUUUAUAUGAAUGUAGUACAAUUGAGUCGUCAUAUGGCAGUUAAAGUUGAUUGAAUUCCUUUUCUCUUUACUAUUCAGAUUUUUCCAGUUUUUGUCACUGUUAUCAUUUAAUAAAUUGCUGGUCCUUUCUUCAGUUACAUUCUAACACUUUUUCUUAUGUACAAAUAUGUAAGCUGUGUGACCUAUUUAACAAGAUGGUGAAAAAAGAAAUUCAUUCAGUACAUUAAAUUUAAUAUGAUUUAAACACCAACUUUAUACCUGCAAAUUGUUUAAGAAGCACCUGCUAAAAGUGCAUUUAGAACAAAGUGUUAAUCAUACAACUUUUUACCUUGUGAAAGAACUGUUUACAAAUGAUGGAAAGUAUAAUAUAUUGAUUGAAGUUGAAAAGGAAGGUAACAGUUUCAAACGUAUUGGUUUUAUUAUAGCUUUACAUAAAUGUAGCAUAUUUCAAAUGAACAACUGUUUACUUUAGUGUAGAUUAUUUGGGAGGUUUUGUAGCCAUACAAAAUUUGCCUUAUAUUUUAGCAAAUAUAUUUUGGGGGUAGAAGCGUAAAUAAAAGCGACAAUUAGGGCUGUGAUGCAUUUAUUGUGGAACCUGCAAGAAACAUGAUAAAUACCAGUAUUCUAGGAAUGACUGAAGACUUUGUUCUAAUUUCAUUGGUUGAAUUAAUACCUGCAUAAUAUUAAAUUUGUGAAAAGUUUCCAAUGUUUCCAUUUUAUUGCAAAUAUUGCAAAUAUAAAGAUUUCAAAAUCAUCUUUGUAUAUUUGAUGUUUGCACUAAGUUCUUAAAAUUCCAGGAGACUAAUUAGCUCCUUUGUAAAAAGAUACAAAGAUAUAUAAAGGCUGAUAACUUGGACCCUAAGGGCCUUUUCACACAAUCAGGGAUAUAGAUUGAUCUUCAUGAGAGAGUUUGCGCUUCAACAUACAGUUUCUGCAGGCACACUAUACUUUGAAAAAAGUCUCCUUGGUUGGGUAGCAGAUCUUAUCUUUAUUUGAUAUACCUCUUUGUAAACAUGGUUUUUUAUACUUUUAAUUAAAAGGAAAAAGAUGCACUAUGCAUUUGAAGUCAUGUGCUACUCAACCCUUGCAGAUUUUGCUUAGUGUUUUUAAUAGUGCACUCCUUUUUGAACAAUUUGUGCAGGAAUGAGAUUUUUUAAAAACAAACGGAAGCCUACAGACUCCAUUACUGAGAAAUGCUGUGUGUGAUUGGGCGGAAAGAUCCUACAUUGGACAAGAACAAUUAGUUAUUCAAAGCGAUAUCACUAAAGCAAAGGAAGAACCCUGAUUACUAGCUGAAAACUCUUCAAUAAAUGUCUUCACAGACUAAUAAAAGUUCUGUGUGGUACAGUAACACACGUUCUUGAUAGAUGAGAUGGAAACUCAGAGUAUGAUUCUAAAUAGUACUAUUUUAUUUUGGUUACAAGCCUUGCCAGCAAGACAGUGACAUGAUUGUAUUGAAUAGACCAGCAUUAUUUUACCUGUGGACUUGUUAAAUAUGGAUAGUUGACAAGUCACAGGUUAUACUGAAUGUAAUCUGUAAUUAUAAACAAAUCAGUCAGAUAUUUAUGGAGUUGCUUUGGAUGAUCUCUGAAAGGGGGUUAAAUGUUGCUUUCGUAGGACUGCUUCACACUUGACUAGUUUCCUUUCCAGAUAACUUGUAUUUCUUAGCUGUAAAGGAGGAAGUAUAUAAGCUGUAAAACAGUAGUGCUGAUGAUAAACUUGAUAGGUUUAUUAUAUGUACAGUUGGUUGCAACUUCCAAGAGCAUAUAUACACAUCACAACAAGCAUGUGCGAGCCAUCUUUCAUGUUAAUCUGUACACUGCUUGUUUCUCUGCCUACUUUAGCCUAUGUAGAACUAUAUGAAGGAAGUUCAUCAGGUUUGAAGCAGUCCUUGAUGUAAAAUUCUCUUAACCAACACUUGGUGAAUUUAGCUUCACUAGUCAGUCUACCUCACAUUCAUAUUGUUUGAACUGAAGUUGUUUGCAAUUGUGGCUAUAGUAUGUUUAUAAUGUUCUUUCAUUAAAUUCAAUGAAUGUUGUAUUACCA